AUGCGUCUAGCUAUCCUGGGGGCCCUGCUGGCCUCGCUCGGUCGCAUUUCUGCCCUCGAAAUCCAGCUCAAUGAUCCUCAAUCCAUCAAAGACGCCGCUUCGAAAACCGCCUAUGGAUCGCUGUUAUGGUAUUCAGGGAACGAGACCGGUGGGAAUCCCGGUGCAUUCCCGGAGAAAUGGUGGGAAGGCAGUGCUUUGUUUAUGAGUUUGAUGCUCUAUUGGUACUACACGGGCGACUCGCAGUACAAUAGCCUGAUCACUCAGGGGAUGCAACACCAGGCGGGGAACGGCGACUAUCUACCAUCCAACUACAGCAGUUACUUAGGUUACGAUGAUCAGUUCUUCUGGGGCGCCACCGCCAUGCUCGCCGCCGAAAUCGGGUUUCCCGAAGACGAUGUGGAAUACUCGUGGUUAUCGCUUGCGCAGGGUGUGUACAAUACACAGAUUAGAGCUUGGGACACGUCAAAUUGCGGUGGUGGUCUGCGAUGGCAGAUGUUUCCCUACCAGGCUGGUUAUGCCAUGAAGAACUCCAUUUCCAAUGCCGGUCUCUUCCAGCUCGCUGCGCGUCUUGCCCGGUAUACAAACAACGACACAUACGCGGAAAAAGCUCAGAUGGUCUGGGACUGGGUUGUUUCCUCGCCGUUAGUGAACAACAAGACGUGGAACGUGGCCGAUUCGACCGAUAUCAACGACGGCUGUACUUCGCAGGGAAAUAACCAGUGGUCCUACAAUUAUGGCGCAUUCCUCAUGGGCGCCGCCUACAUGUAUAACUAUACUGAGAAAGCUGAAUGGAAAACAGUUGUCGACGGUCUACUUGGCAAACUCCUGGACGAAUUCUUUCCUGAACAGUACGGCGGCGGUAAAAUCUUCUCUGAAUAUCUAUGCGAACCCAAAGCGCUCUGCAAUUACAACGAAAUUCUUUUCAAAGGCAUAGUCUCGACAUGGAUCACAUUCGUUGGCUUGAUUGUCCCGGAAACUUACGAUCGUAUUUUCGCCAAACUCCAAACGUCCGCUCAAGCGGCGGCCCUCUCCUGCAGCGGAGCUGGCAACAACACGUGUGGCAUCAAAUGGUACAAGUCAAGCUGGGACGGUUCAAUCGGUAUGGAGCAACAGAUUAUUGCGACUGAUGUCCUCUCGUCUGUCCUUGUUUCGGAAAAGUCAAACCCUCCUCUCACCACCAAGACCGGUGGAAACAGUACAAGCGACCCAAAUGCCGGUACAAGUGAUAGCAAGCAUAAUACAGGCGAGGCGAAACCUAUUACCACUGGUGAUCGCGCGGGCGCUGGCAUUCUGACGGUGGUUUUUGUUGGGCUCUGGGGUGCUAUGAUUGCGUGGAUGGUCCUGGGCGAGGGACUGUAGCGGUCUUUUGCCUUUCUUGUUUGUUUCAGCCUGCCUGCACGGCUUUCUUGUAUAUUCAGUAAUCAUUCGGAAGGAGUAUUAUGGAUCUGUGAAUACGUAUUUGUCUGGAGAAUUGAUAUAGGGUUAGCUACUGCAAAUUACUUUUUUCGGCAUUAUAUGCCCUGGCGU